UUCCCUUCAAAACUCGAAUCUUUGUUCUUUACACAAAACAAACACACAAAUUUUAUUUUUUAUUUUAUUUUAUUCAUUUGUUUCUACAACUUCUUCUUCUUCUUCUUCUUCUCCAGACAAUACAUUCUCUAAAAUCUCUCUCUCUCCAGCCAUGUCUCUCAGAGGAACAAAUGCUUCUUCUGGCAUGGGUGUCGCUGAGCAAAGCAAGACCACAUUCCUUGAACUGCAAAGGAAGAAGGUGCACCGCUAUGUGAUUUUCAAGAUCGAUGAGAAGAAAAAAGAGGUUGUGGUCGAAAAAACUGGGGGCCCAGCUGAGAGCUAUGAUGAUUUCACUGCUUCUUUGCCAGAGAAUGAUUGUCGAUAUGCAGUUUAUGACUUUGACUUUGUGACUUCUGAGAACUGCCAGAAGAGCAAGAUAUUUUUUAUUGCAUGGUCUCCUUCUGUAUCCAGGAUCCGUGCCAAGAUGCUGUAUGCAACAUCAAAGGAUAGGUUCAGAAGGGAGCUGGAGGGCAUCCAUUAUGAGAUCCAGGCAACUGACCCCACUGAGAUGGAUCUUGAAGUCCUUAGGGACCGUGCUAACUGAGCACUUAGAGAAACACCCAGGGGUGACCAAAAGAAACGCAUUUUCCUGCUUCAAUUAGUUGCUGAUUAUGUGCACUAUCUGUUACUGACACAAAUUACAUAUAGCUUAACUAUUAAAUAAUUGGCACCUGGGAAGGCUGAUUAGGGGCUCGUGGUAUGAUACCCAGUACAGGGGAAUUUUGGGCUCCCUUAUUGCCAUGAUGCUUCUCAGGUGUUAUAUGGGUAUGUUGUGUAUGGAUAACGUGACUGCUGUUCUAUGGUAUGGAUAUUUUAUCA